AUGAUGUCCAACGUGUCAAUGAGAUUGCUGGAGCUGGGCAUAGGCAACGCGUCACUGCUAGACGUACUGGACGGACAGCUUGAUGAGCUGGACAUCUUGUUUAGGCCAGAGCCAGUUCUUAUCGCUCUCUAUGUGCCUGUCAUUCUGCUGUCACUUGCCGCUAGUUUGCUCAUCGUUGUCGCCGUCAAAUGCAACUACACUAAGAACGUAACGAACAUUUUCCUGGUGAACCUGUCGACUGCAGACCUGCUGGUGACGGGGGUCUGUAUGCCUCUGCAGCUCAGCAAGGCGGUCACGCUGGUCUGGUUCUACGGCGACACCGUGUGCAAGAUCGCCAACUAUAUGCAAGGUGUAGCAGUGGCGGCGAGCGUGUUCACAAUCGCAGCGAUGUCCGUCGACCGAUGGCUAUCCAUUUCACCAGAACCUCGCUUGCGACCUCCAAGCCGACGACAAGCAGUUCUACUGCUGUUACUGCUGUGGUGUGCGGCGAUGCUCAUCUUUUUUCCAUUGCUCAAAGUCGCAACCGUACAGAGAGAGGCCGUGCCUGUUAUAUCUAAAGGCCUUUUGAACGUUUCGAUAGUCUCGCGAGAUGUCCAUUUCUGCACGGAAGAUUGGGGGGAGUUGGACACGCGGAAACAGUUCGGCUUGUUCAGCUUCACGCUCGUCUACGCUAUUCCUGGUUCAAUAACGAUACUGUCGUAUGCGUUUAUGGGCAGAACCUUGUGCUCCGUCAAGCCGCCUUUCGACAUCGACGAGGGAAACGUCAGCAUGCAACAGGGUCUAAGGCUAAUGAAAGAGAGGAAGAGAGUGGCGUGGAUACUGCUGUUGCUUGCCGUCCUUUUCGCACUCUGCUGGCUGCCAUACAACAUUAUGCAGCUACUACUCGACAUGUAUGUGGUCAACGCCAAGGACCUUAGCAUGUUCCUGCCUUACGCUUUAUUAUUAGGGCACGCGAACUCCGCGAUCAACCCCAUAGUAUACUGUAUUAUGACGAGAAACUUCCAGCGGUCAGCGCGGAAGCUGCUUUGUGGCAGGGGAGUUUGCCAGCAAGCCAAGUUUACGUGGCGUUGCACGCAGAAACCCGAGGGCUCGUCCAGUGACUACGAGCUCUACCACGAGCCCCACAAACGGUGCUAUCUUCAGAUGAACGCGCUCCGGCAGAACGGGCACUUCGCGCACGCGCACGGCGUGGACGCGCGUACGCAGCUCUCGCACGUCACGCGCUCGUCGCGCCGCGCCGCGCCGCACGCGCUUUCCGCCGAGAUGCUGCAGAGGCACGCGAGGCUCGACCUGAAGCGCUGACAGCUGAUGUAUAAUUAAAGUGCACGAUUCGCAAGUGGCACCAGAAGAAUGUCAACUAAUUUAUAAGCUACGCAAGAGGAAAGAUUUAACAGUCGCGCUUCCACCGACAUGACAUACAUAAUCACAUUGAUUGUAUAUGUAAUUAUUAUGUAUAAUCUGCCAAAGCUUAAGGUCCAGUCGUGCGCUGCACUAUGUCAUGUAUAAAGGCCUUAAUUAUUAAGGCCUUUAUACUGGUAUAUCGGGCACAGUUUGCACGUGGCCCGUAGACGUACUUCAGCAACGGCUUUACCUUAUACAUACAUAUAACACAUUCACUUUGUAACUGUGUAUUUAAUGGUUUCGUUCCUAGAUGCUCUGUGAACGUAUUGGACGUAUGUUCAAGUUGUAAUGAAUUACGAUACACAAAAAACGAAACUCAUUAAAAAACGAUAUAGGUAUGUAAAUGCCAU